GCAUUCGCCUCGAAAUACCUGACCACUGACGCCACGUAUAAGACAACGACGGAACAGGAGUUCAAUUGCCUGACCCCCGAGCACAGUAUGAAAUGGGGGGCCGUCGAGAGUGUGCGGGAUCAUCCGGUGUACUCAGCGCCCGACAAGCUCAUAAAAUUUGCCCGGGCCAACCAGAUGAAGGUCAGGGGUCACGCGCUGGUAUGGCACGACCUAGUACCUAAAUGGGUACAGGAGAUGGAGCACAAUGUGACAGAGCUCGAGGAGGUCAUGAAAAAGCAUAUCGUCGACGAGAUGACCCAUUUUAAGGGCAAAAUAUACGCCUGGGAUGUCGUGAAUGAGGUACUUGAGGGCGAUGGCACCUGGAGGAACACCAUAUGGCACCGGGCGUUUGGCAGUAGUUUUGUGGCCGAAGCUUUUAAGACCGCCCGUACCGCCGACUAUAGCGCUAAGCUGUAUAUCAACGAGCAUUCAGUCGAGGGUAAGAAUAACAAGUCGGACGCCCUCUACAGCCUAUGUAAGGAGCUGUUGGCACAGGGAGUUCCCGUACAGGGGGUCGGUAUGCAGGCCCAUCUGAUUUUGGGUCAAGUACCCAAAGAUAUGGUAGAGAAUAUGCAGAGGUUCGCCGAUUUGGGACUGGAUGUAGCGAUUACUGAGUUGGAUAUCCGGAUUAAACUGCCCACCAGUAAGGAACUGGAGGCACAACAGGCCCGGGAUUACGCACAGGUGUACAGCAACUGUUUGUCGGUGAAAAGGUGUGUCGGGGUAACGGUGUGGGGGUUUACCGAUAAGUACUCCUGGAUGGUGGACGCCUACAAGGAUUACGGGGACGCCUUCCUAUGGGAUAAGAACUAUAAGCCUAAGCCGUCGGUCACUGCCAUUGAAAAUGUGUUGAAAUAA